AUGAAGCUGUCCGCCCUCGCCCUCCUUGCUCUUGCGAGCACCGCACACGCCCAAUAUUUCUCUGCAGGCUGGACUCCCGGCCAGAAGCCGCACGACACAGAGCCUGCGCCCGACGCCGCUGCUCAAGACUCCUCCCCCUCUUCGCCCCCUCCACCACCAGCGAACGCCGCCCCGUUCAGCUUCUCCAGCCUCUUCGACAUCAACAAGCUCCUGACCUCCGAGCCCGCCGUAUCGCUCUUCAGCAAGUUCGGCGUCAACAUCACCGAGAAGGUACACACCGCCCUCGAGACCAAGCUCUGGGACGACCGCGUCGAGCUCAUCACGGACGAUAACUUUAAAGAGCUUAUUGUGGAGGAGAAGUUGACGCCUGAACAGGAGCAGAAGAGGACGUGGAUUAUCGUCGUCUCUGUCACUUCUGCCAGGCAGGACGGUGUCUCAAAGUACCUCGACCAGGUGUUUGACUCGGCGUUCAACCAGACCCAGUUGGCGGGUGACCUCCCAGAUGUGAAAUGGGGUCGUAUCGACUAUCUCAAUGUUACUUACAUUACCACGAAAUGGGGCAUUUGGCAGGCACCAUAUCUCGUCGUUCUGAGGGACCGCGGCCAGAGUCUUCGCUUCUACCGACCUUACCAGAUCCGCCUGCGCGAAGACGCUUUGCGUGAAUUCCUCAAGAACGAUGGCUGGAAGGUUAGCCCUCCUUGGUCGUCCUCUUUUGCCCCAGGCGGAGACAAUGAAUACAUCAUGGACUUCCUCGCGACCUGCCUAACCAAGAUCUACAACCUCGUGGUCCUCGUUCCGAAGUGGGUCCUGCUGCUCGCCUCGGGAAGUCUGGCGUCUGUGAUCAUUGGCCUCCUCCACCGCCCAUCGCAGAAGAAGGUUGCGAAGAAGCCGAAGGCGAAGCCUGAGCACGUCGCUGUCCCUGCAAGUGGGUCUGGUUCUGGCACUGAGAAAGCUGGACCGUCGUCGGCCUCGGUCUCGAAGAGUGCGACGCCUGCCCCUGCCGUGACGGACAGCGAGCGCGAAUCGUCUGCUCCUCCUGGCAAGCGCCAGAGUGCGAGACAGCGUAAGAACAAGAAAUAG